AGACAGAGGAGAAAAACUGGCCACUACCUCUUUAAAACAUUGCAGGCAAAGUGUACGGUGCAGUGUGCUGGACCAUGUGAUAAGCUUGAAAGGCAGUUAGAAUCUGCAGGACGAAAGCAGGCUUAGGGAUGAGAGCUGCCUGCAUCAGAGUGAGGAUUCACCGCAGUGAAAUGAGUGCUGGCUGCAAUUAAGAGAGCAAAAGUUCUCGCUCUGGCGAGGGCAGGGCAGACUGAAGCUCCAGGAUGCCAAGAGACUCGGGGGUCUGACUGAUGAGGCAUCGGCGAGCAGAAUGGUACCUGCGCUUCCUCAGCCUGGUUGUCGUCCUGGGUGUGAAGUGUUUGCUUGGAGGAGAAAACAGUAACCCGGGACCCGGUGCGGGACAACAACGACACUGAAGGGUUGGAUCCUGCAACACCAUGUCGCAAAACAUCUCAGGCUUCCAGGCUGCCUAUAUCACCAUAGAGGUGCUGAUUGCCCUUAUAUCCAUACCUGGGAAUAUCCUGGUGAUUUGGGCUGUUAAGGUGAACCAGGCCCUGCGAGAUGCCACCUUCUACUUUAUUGUUUCACUGGCAGUUGCAGACGUUGCUGUGGGGGCCCUGGUCAUCCCGCUGGCCAUCAUCAUCAACAUUGGGCCACAGAUACCGUUCUACAGUUGCCUGAUGGUGGCAUGCCCUGUCCUCAUCCUCACGGAGAGCUCCAUCCUGGCACUGUUGGCCAUUGCUGUGGACCGAUAUCUCCGAGUGAAGAUCCCUAUGCGCUACAAGAGUGUUGUGACUCCCAGACGUGCUGGGGUGGCUAUUGCUUGUUGCUGGCUGGUCUCCUUCCUUGUGGGGCUGACCCCUAUGUUCGGCUGGAACAACUUCAAUGAAAUGCAGCGAAAGGCUAAGGAAGCAAAUUCCAGCCAGACAGAGUUCACAGUCAGUUGCCAGUUUGAGAAUGUUAUCAGCAUGGAAUACAUGGUUUACUUCAACUUCUUUGUCUGGGUGUUACCACCGUUGCUCCUCAUGCUUCUCAUCUACCUGGAGGUCUUCAAGAUCAUCCGUAGGCAGCUGAACAAAAAGGUUGCAUCCAGCACAACAGACCCUGAGAAAUAUUAUGGAAAGGAGCUGAAUAUCGCCAAGUCCCUUGCCUUGGUUCUCUUUCUGUUUGCAGUCAGCUGGCUGCCCCUGCACAUGCGCAACUGCAUCAGCUUUUUCUGCACCUCCUGCAAGACCCCUAGCGCCCUUACCUACAUUGCUAUAUUUCUUACCCAUGGGAACUCAGCCAUGAACCCCAUUGUUUACGCCUUCAGGAUUAAAAAAUUCAGGACCACAUUCCUGCAAAUCUGGAACCAGUAUUUUUGCUGCAAAUUGGAUAAGAACAUGAACAAUAUUGACAACACUGACAUUGCCAUCUAGGAAAUCAGCCAGGGUCGGGCUGGCCCAGAGCCUUCGAUUCACUUGGGGUGAUCUAUUAAGCAUACUUUUCAUUGUCCAAAUGGCCAGAUUGGUCUUAUCUCCAUUGUACACAACACCUGCUCUUGGACAGGGCAGGAGAGGCCCUGUGCCAGUCAAGGGUAUUAUUUAUUACUAGCACUACUCAUGGUAUCAUUUGGUAUUUUAGGAACUGUUCUUGCCCUCUCUCUCUUUUUAAUUUUAAGGUGACUCAUAUUUACGCAUUUAAAGGAGAAUUAUACCAACAGAAAGCUGUGAUGUUAUCUUUCAUUCCAAUAAAGAGGAAAUCUAGA